ACCCCAGUGCUGGCACUCCUGCUGGCUGCGAUAUAAGUAGUGCUGUGUGUGUUACAGAAGGGAAGGAGGGAUAGGGCCAUCUGCUGCUAGUACUACAACAGGGAAGCAGCAGGGUUUGCGCCUUGUCCUCUGAGCUGAUGGCUGCACUUUGGUGGGGCUGUUGGACAGUAAUACUUCUCAGCAAUGGUCUCGCACAUGCUCUGACUGGGGGGAUGCUGUAUCCCAGAGAAACCCCAACCAGGGAACUGAAGGAGCUGAAUGGGAUCUGGAGUUUCCGGGCAGAUAAAUCCCCUGAGAGGGACGAAGGUUUUCAGAAGCAAUGGUACAAAGUUCCACUGAGGGAGACCGGACCUGUUAUAGACAUGCCAGUACCUGCAAGCUACAAUGAUAUCACCCAGGACAUCACUUUGAGAAAUCACAUUGGAUGGGUCUGGUAUGAGAAGGAAAUCUGGCUGCCCAGCCGGUGGUUGGAAGACCAGGCCUCUUCCAGAAUUGUCCUCCGUGUUGGCAGUGCCCACUACUUCUCUAUUGUUUGGAUUAAUGGUGUUCAAGUGACCCAUCAUGAAGGAGGGCACCUGCCAUUUGAAGCCAGCGUAAACAACGUACUAAAGGGUAAUACGGGAAAUUUCUGUCGCAUCACUAUUGCGGUAAAUAACACUCUGACUCUGAACAGCUUGCCUCCUGGAUACAUCCAAUACAUGCGAGAUACCACACUAUAUCCCAAAGGAUAUUUUGUUCAAGAAAUAGAUUUUGAUUUCUUUAAUUAUGCUGGCAUUCAUCGUCCUGUGGUUCUGUAUACAACACCGGCCAUUUACAUAGAUGACAUCACAAUUAAUACAGACAUUCAGCAAAACACAGGUUUAGUGAACUAUGAAGUGGCAGUUGUUGGUUCAGAUUACUAUUCAGUAAAUGUAACCUUGCGUGACCAAGAUGGACAAGAGGUAGCCACUGGUCUAGGAGCUGUAGGACAGCUCAAAGUUGUCAACGCACAUCUAUGGUGGCCUUAUCUGAUGAAUGUAAAUCCAGGAUAUCUUUACUCUUUUGAGGUGAAGGUGACAGCUGCUACCUCUGUGGAUGUUUACACUUUACCUGUCGGAAUAAGAACAAUCCAAGUGACAGGACAACAGUUCCUCAUCAAUAGAAAACCUUUCUACUUCCAUGGUGUCAACAAACAUGAAGACUAUGAUAUCAGAGGCAAAGGUUUAGACUGGUCUUUAAUCAUGAAGGAUUUUAAUCUACUAAAAUGGAUGGGUGCAAAUUCAUUUCGCACUAGCCAUUACCCUUAUGCUGAAGAAAUCAUGGACCUGUGUGAUAAAUAUGGUAUUGUGGUCAUUGAUGAAUGUCCUGGAGUGGGAAUAAAAAAGCCUGAGAGUUUUGGAAAUAAGUCUCUGCAACAUCAUUUAGUUGUCAUGGAGGAGCUGGUGCGCAGGGAUAAGAACAGGCCUUCUGUGGUGAUGUGGUCAGUUGCCAAUGAACCAGCCUCACAGCUCAAUGUUGCAGGUUCCUAUUUUAGGACUGUGAUCGCCCACACUAAACAGCUGGACCACACUAGACCAGUAACCUAUGCUAGCAGUGCUGGCUAUGACAAAGACCAAGGUGCCCCCUAUGUGGAUGUCCUCUGUGUCAAUAGCUACUUCUCCUGGUACCACGAUUCCGGUCACCUGGAAGUGAUUCAGCUCCAGCUUAAUAACCAAUUUGACAAGUGGUAUGAGAAGUAUCAUAAACCAAUUAUACAGUCUGAGUAUGGAGCAGAUACCAUACCUGGCUUCCACAAUGAUCCACCAUUAAUGUUCACUGAAGAAUACCAAGAGAUGGUGUUAAAGAACUACCAUUCUGUGCUUGACGAGAAGAGAAAGACGUUUGUUAUUGGAGAGCUCAUUUGGAACUUUGCAGACUUUAUGACUGUGCAAUCGACUACGAGAGUUGUGGGGAACAAGAAAGGAGUCUUCACCCGCCAGCGGCAGCCCAAAGCAUCGGCCUUUGUUCUGCGGGACAGAUACUGGAAGCUGGCCAAUGAGACGGGGUACUUGAAAACUUGUACUAGCUCUCCAGAUACUAUGUGGAGGAAUCCUAUCACUCAAGACACGUAUUGUAGCAGGCAAGACAAAGUGACUGCAUCACAUCUCCAUAACCAAGGCAAUGGCCACUGAUGAAAAUAUAUAUGGGUCCAACAAUAUUUUAUUAAACAUACAUAUGCUUUUCAUGGGUUGAACAAGGACAAGUAUUGGGUGAGCCUUAAUGCCAUAAAAGAACAGAAGCACCAGAAUUAUGAUAUUUAAAACAAUCAGUUGAUCUGAUACAUGAAGAAUGAGUAACCAGAACAUGUUCAGCACUGUCACUUUCGACCACUGUACAGCAUGGUACAAAUAAAGAUUGUUUAUUUUAAA